AAAGACAUUAAUUAAUAUUUAGCAGGCGGCACUAUGAUUCAUUUUCAACCUAUACGCCAGAACCAGCUACGACGGGCUUGUGACCGAUGCCACCGAUCUAAAUCAAAAUGCCUAAGGGAUAACGACGAUGAGCCGUGUCAGCGCUGUAUCCGCGCUAACGCCGAAUGUAUUUCUAGCCCUCCGGCAACAUCACGACGUCGGACUCAGAUUUCGCCUACUCAGGCCAGCGAUCAAACAUUAUCAAUUGACACUGAACCAUCUCAGAUGGAUAUAGAUGUAUCUGAUUCGAAUGGCGUGGUUAAUAAUCAACAUCUCACUAUAAACUCUUUAACCUUGCCAAAUCAUACCCCUGAAUCGUCGUCGUCGGCAGCCGUGAGGCUGGAUCUCGGCCGACUAGACUUGAUAGAGGGUCUAUCAAAUACAAGAGGGCCUAAUUCAGAUCUUAUAUCUUUACUUGAAAGGUUAUCGAACCUCAAUAUUCGCUUAAUGCGCCACUUAAACACGGUCCCGGAAGCCAAUACUACUAAUGCCCCGUCGCAACCAGGGGCCAAACAAUUUAGUAUAGAGGAAACUUUCCACAUAUCGCAAUUAUUCAUAGAUGUUAUAAGUCAUAUUUGUUCAAGAUUACCACCUCCUCAGAACAGCGUCACCGAGAGCACGACCGAAAAUAAGCUCCCAUCAUUUUCUUUAGACGCCUCCUCGGAAUUGCUCAUGUACUCAUGCUACCUCCGCUUGAUCGAAACUUACGACAGGAUCCUCCGACUCAUAAAAGCUUCUAUCACGCACAGAGCGCCUAACCGUACUAUCCAAUAUCCGUUUCAGAUGCCUGACUUUACCGUGGGCUCGUUCUCCUUACCCUCGAAACCGGAGACCCAAUCUAUUUUCCUCAUCAAUUCUAUGGACGCGAUGAUGGCGCGGGCGAAGGAACUAGUCGCAGAAGUAACGUUCCCUAAGCAGACUCCUGGGUAUAGGGGCGAUUUUCAGUCAUUUGGUGGCACGUCCUUGGUUAUUGUGCCGGAUCUAGCGCGGAAUGUAAUUCGAACUCGAGAGAACGCGUUGUUUGACUUGCUUGAUGAUCUCAAGAAGCUUAUUGUGCACCUUAAUUGAUGAUAAUAAUGAUUUACAGGAACGUAAGGUACGACAUAAUGCGAAUUUACCCUUUUAGGGAUAAGCACUUUUGGCAUAAAAUAAGGACAC